ACGGCAAAGUAUUCGUAAUGCCAUUAUUCCCUCUGGUGAUGAGCACCGGUGUCUGCUGCCAAUUCCACACACACUCCACGUGCCACUGCCAACCGUCUUCGAAAGCCUUCCUUUGGGCAGUGCUGGUAGCAUAACUCCAGACUUUCAGACUUUCGACGAUGUCUCUGUCCACAAAGCAUCGCGGUGGGGGCCAAUACACCUCUCCCGCCGUCACGUUCGUCGGUUCCCAGGGCCCAGACAUCCACUUAAGUCUGGCUGGCACGUCCCAACACAACGUAGAAAAGGACCGUUACCUUGCUGUGGAUGUACAUAAAUCUCUGGAAGAGGUCCUGAGGCGUACGCUGUUGACGAAACUUGAACUGGAGCUUCCCGAAAAUGCCGCAAAGCUCGAAGAGCUGUCAGAAAGGUUGGCCGGCGCCGAGGAUCAAUACAAGGAGCGGAAAAAUGGUCGCUGGCAUUCAAUCUGGUACAGCAUCGGUGAGGGGAAGGAUAUGAUUGACCCUUGGGUUGCGCUCAUACCCAACGAAUAUGGCCUGGCCGUUGUCAAAACGGGCCUCGCCGUUGUGUUCAAGCUUGCCGAACGCUCGAGUGCGCGACGAGAGAAAAUCUUCAACGCGUUUGCCGGGAUUCGAGAUGCUCUCGCGCGAGCUGAUCCCGAGCGACGAAGUUUCCUCUCAAACAAGGAGGUCGGUCAGCAGGCGGAUCAUCUCACAAAGACCAUUGUCGAGUGCAUCGAAGAUAUGAUCCUCUUGACCAUGAAAAAGGAUAAAUCGUGGCGCCCGAAGUUCACCCGUCAUCACAAGAAAGAAGACCGGGCACCUCCCCCGGAUGCCGAUGCAAUUCUCGAAAAGCUCGCGAACUCGACCAAGGAGUUCGAGGAGGCGGUAGAUCUUGCACGAGACAAUGCCAUUGAAGCCACCGGGUUCAUGACGCAGUUCAUGGCGCAGAGUCUGCCAGUGAUUCACGACGAUGUUCUCAUAGCAGACAGUCGGAUACAACACAUGGACCGUAAGCAGGAUAUUCGAGAUCAGGAUUAUAGACGGGGGUAUGAGGAGAUGCACAGCAUGCUGAGUGAGGUUGUGCGAUACACGCGUCGCCUGGCCGAACGCGAACAGAAUCUCCGCGCCUGCCAAAUCGAGGCGCGAACGGAUCUGGUGCACGUGCUGCGCGAGUCCAAGAAACAGCAAAUGGAGAUCAAGAGACUUCGGAGGCAACAGUUACGAGCACACAAACCAACCGCCAUAGUCGGAGAAGCUCAGCUAUUCCAGAUACUCUCCCUAGGGGCGCAGCCAGAGGAUUAUGAGCUCUCAGACCUAAGCAAUAUUCUCCAAGAACCCAAUAGGGACUUAGAAGCUACGCUCACGUACAAGGGAAAGUUGCGCCAGGACAGCCAGCGACAAGUGCAAGCAGCACUUCUCAUACAGGACCGGUUUCUCCAGUGGCUUGAAAACAGUGCCUCAGAUCUCAUCAUGGUUGAUGCCAAUAUCCGGAACCCAGGCAUGUCCAAAACCUCCGUCAUCUCCGUCUUCAGUGCCACCUUCAUCACUAGCAUGAUCACAGCUCGCCCCGAGGAUGUGGUCGUCCACUACUUCUGCGGUCGCCAUUCUCGCCCCCAGGAUCCCUGGUAUGGGCCGAAUGGGCUGGUUCGGCUCAUUACAAUGCAGCUUCUCAUGAAGCUCAUGGAGCUAAGCAGGCCCAAUUUGGACUUCCUUAAUCAGUGGGACCAAGUCAAGGACCUCGAAGAGCACAACCUUGACGCACUCUGCGAGCUACUGUACUGCCUUGUUGAACAAUUCCCUGAAGACGUGACGGUCUGCUUGGUCAUUGAUUCUAUCUCCCGCUUAGACACGCCGAGAACCUUUGGUGAUCUUCGGAUCGUGAUGGAAUGCUUACACAGCCUUGUCGAUAACGCGACGCUCUAUCCUACAGUCAAGGUUCUUCUUACCAAUCCGAUGCAUAGUAAGAGGACUAUGAAGCAACUGGAUAUCUUCCAGGAGGAUCCUAGUCGUCUGGUUUGGCUAAACCCAAAUAAUGCAUUGAAAUCGCCGACUAACAUGUCUGAGCGAGUUAUCGGUAAGAGAUUGUUUGGAAGUUAAGUAAAUGAGUUCUUUUUUUUGGAAUCAAGAAGGCUUUCAGUAAUCAAGUUCAUG